UUUUUUUUGUUGUUUUAGAUGAAAGUGAGACCAAAUGGGUCUCUUUUACAACCUCAUCGAUACCCCCAUCGCUGCAUAUCACCAUGGAGGCAGCGACAGCGUCAUGUUCAGUCAUCUGGAUAUCAUACUCCUCUCAGUAAACAUAAUCGACAUCGACGCUCAAUCGGUUCUCGGCGUGUGCUCAAAAAUCAUAGAGGGGUAUUGAAUUUGCCCAAAAAGACUGCACUUCAACUUCUCCAAAAUGUUUGUCUUGAUACAGGAGGCAGCCCAUGGCAUUGUGAAGUUGUCUCAUCAAGGAAACAAAAAUUAAGUCGACUGUCUCCAGCAGGUGACCAUUCUGCUCGAAAAUUGGGGUUCCAGGUCAUGGCAUCUCUGGACAGGCUUGAAGGUGCCCGGAAGCCCAUUCUGGUGUCUGAAUUUUCAGAAAAUGUAAGAGAUCCACAGGUGACAUCUUCUGUGAAUGGGGAGGCCAGUGGUUAUGAAAAAAAAUCUUUGAAAGAAAAGAACCUAAGAGGAUGGAGGCAGGGAGAAGGGAAUGUAGGUGGAGAUGGAGAUGAUGUUAUUGUAGUAGAGGAGAAAUGCCAUAUCCAGAGCAACAACCAUAGCAAAGGGAAACAACAGGUCCCAGAACCCUCAACUUCGAAGCAAAGGAGCACUGACAUUGAAGUCAUUGACCUUGAUGAUGAAGUGGUUAAUCUUGCCCAAAUUCCUCCAGAUCAUCCUCAUGCAGCAUCAUCGUCUGACACUUACAUAAUUGAACUUUCCUCUGAUGAAGAGGAUUUAUCUUCUUCUGAUGUCAUUCCAUGCAGUCAAAGAUUCCCUGUUGGACAUGAGGUAUUGGCUCAGGAAUAUCAUCCCUCUUUCUCAUCAGCUGAUAUACAAUAUUACAUCAACAAGCCCUCUCAAGGGGAAUGCAUUAUUGCCCUUGUUCACCCAGUAGCUUUCUAUUUGAAGGGGUGUGUGGAACUACGGGUCAUCUCAGGGCGAAUCAAGAUAAUGGGUUAUGAAAUCACAGUGAGGGAUGGAUUUCUGCCUUUGGUCUCUAGUGCUGUUUGUGCUGUGUUGUCUUUGAACACCCUACCCCCUGAUGGUCCUUGCCCAAAAGAUGUAACAAAUGCCCUUUUGGCUUAUGGGGUGCGAGUGAGAUACCCACGGGAUGAAGUGUUCGUCAUAGUAAGGCCAUUGAAAUCACCAGUGCUUUGUACCCUCAAGCACUACUACCCUGGAGUAUUUUCCCCUCCUCCAAUUCGUCAGGACAUCCCACCUAACUUGCAGAACCUGAUUCGUAACCUCCAAGAAAAAGUUGGACUUCGCAUUCUAGAUCCAAAUGAUCCAAUCAAUGGAGUUCUCCCACUUCUUCACAUUCCCCCGGAGUGGGAGGAUGCUGUGAAUCAAAUUGUGCAGAAGAAGCAUGUAACAGAAUGGCCUCCUCGUGUUGUCAUUUGUGGGGACCAGAACACAGGAAAGUCUACUCUGGCACGUUACCUGGUGAAUCGGCUCUUGUCAUCUCGGUGCAAGGAAGUUCUGUACCUGGAUGUUGAUCCUGGACAGUCUGAAUUCACAGUUUCUACAUGUUUGUCAUUGGUUAAGGUCAUGAAACCUCUGCUGGGUCCUCCAUGGAGUCAUCAACUUGAUCCUCUUAUCCAAUACUGCUUUGGGCAUUUAAAUGUGGGGAAUGAUCCAGUGAGCUACUUGAAGAUUGUUUUGAAAUUGAUCAAGAAUGUGAAGUCCAGUCUAGAAUUGUCUUCUAUGCCUCUCAUUGUGAAUACUAUGGGCUGGAUUGUUGGCUUGGGAGCAGAACUGCAGAUGGGCAUUGUUCGGUGCAUUCAGCCUACUGUAAUGCUCUAUCUGAAGUCUUCAAACUCACGUCAAUCAGGAGGCCCUGCUUUGAAUCCUCUCCCACAUAUUGUCUCUGAAAGGCAGAGUUGGUUGCUUCGCAAUGCUCUAGGGGUUGAGUGCCCUUCCCUACGGUAUCAGCUAAUUCAUUUGACUGCUGUCAGUCUGCCACAAAACCGGGAAGCUUCUGACCACAGUCGUGUGGGAGAGUCUGUCCUGAAUCGAGAGCUCCAGACAGUGGCAUACUUAGGACGUCUUCAGUCACGUGUGGAUCAUAUACCCAUCCCCUUGCAUGCUGUCACCCCUUUCAGGCGACAAUUGGAAGGACUUGGAAUCCAGAUCUUGAAUGCAUCAGUGCCCUGGAGGCUAAUUUUGGAAUGUGUGAAUGGGCGAUUGGUGUCUUUAGGGCAAGCUGAGGAAUCCCAAUUCCUUCCCUGUUCUGGUGUUGGUGGACCUCGAUCUGUCAAGCCUGAUGAAAUUAUACAGUGUCUUGGCUUUGGGCUUGUAAGAGGGAUUGAUGUGGAGAGUGGUUUCAUCUACAUCUCCACACCAACAGAUAUGACAACCCUUGAUAAAGUCAACUGCAUUACUGUUGGGGCUCUAUUCCUGCCUCGCAUCAUCCUUGAACGCACAUCUCACUUGGAGCCAACAGAGUCCCUUUAUCCAUCAAGGUUGAAGAAGAAGAAACGGACCAUGUUGCAAGAACCAGAAACAAAAAGAGUGGCACGAUCUCGCUACAGGCAGCAGCAUAGUACACGUUGAGCUUCAGUUUCUCUACCCUGUGUGAAGGUGAUCAGCUGUGAUGUCAUGUUGGAAUGAAAAUAUUUAUUCCAUGUCUCAGGGGAG